AUGGCGGGCCCUGUUAAAUACACACCACCGCCAUCGCCACCAUCACCGACUGCAUCAUUCUACGAUCUAAGCGACGAUGAUGAAGGCGAGUACAACACCAUCGCUCAGGCCCGAUCUGGGCGGGGCGUGAAGCUGUUGUACUCCAAAAGCAAAGUCUAUGUGCACCCUACGCCCUCCGCAAAAGACAAUAUCCCUGGAUUCAUCGCCCUGAUCCAGCAAAAACCCAAGCCAACUCUCCACCUCUCACCGACCGCGCCUUCCAACAAGGAUGCUUCUUCAUUUCUCCUUGCCUGGGUCCCUGAGGCUUCACUUGGUGACGCUUACAGCACCUAUGUGAAAGUCGAUCUAGCCGAUGGCGAUUCCCCACCCCGCCAGCGAUACCUUGUUCCGCCCCUUCCGACCACCACCACACAUAGGGAUCCGAUUGGCCUCUACUCCUUUGCUGUUCCUGUGUCGGAAAUAUACUCCCUGUUGGUACGGCCUCCGAGUCUAGGAUGGUGGUUUGGAAGUGUGGUGAUCAACACGCGAUCGGGGGACAGCUUCCCUGCCUUGUUCUUCCACGACAGCGAGUGCGAGUCAACGAUACUUCAGAAGAAAAAGCGUGUCAGGGAGAGUUUUGAUCCAUUUGAUCACGAUGGGGGUUUGUUUUGGGGUGGAGACGAGGUCUUGCGUUGGUUGAGGACAUACGUGGAGGUACAGCGUUCAGCCGUUGACAAAAACGUGUAUCUGAUCAACCCUUCCGAAGAAGAUCAGCUCUCCUUUGGACGAGGCCUCGUGGAUGGUACGCUGUCUAAGGCCCAGCCAGAAGCUGCCGCUGCUGGGCCUAAUGCGGCUGCGCAGCAGCGAGAUGCCGGCAUGGAUCCGUUCAUGAAGACCCUCAAAGAGACACGCUGGAAGGUGCUGGAGCAACUCAGCAAGAUCACCACAUUUACAAGGCGGACUGCCAACGAGAUCGCCGACAAUCCUCGCAUUCCACCGCAAGUCCGACGCUUGAUGAAGAACCCCGAGGUUCAGACGCUUCAGGAUGAAUUCGAUAGCGCCCGAUUGUAUUUGGCGCGGUGGGCGAUGAGCAUUGCGGAACAGGGCGAAAAGGACCGGAACCAGCGAAUCUGGACCGCGCAGGAUGUUCUCGAAUCAGAGAACAGUGCGGUUGGCGAUUUCGAGAUACUCGAGCUCGAGACUGGCAAUUUAGCCAUUCAAGAGCGACGACGAAUCGUCACGCUUGCCGAGUGGGAAGGCUUCUUUGACCCCAUAUCUGGAAGGCUACACAUAACCGCCGAGGAAGUCAAGGAGCGCAUCUUCCAUGGUGGAUUGGAUCCAAAUGACGGCGCGCGUAAAGAGGCCUGGCUGUUCCUGCUUGGUGUGUAUCCAUGGGACAGCAGCCGCGAGGAAAGACAGGCGAUCAUGAACUCGAAACGCGACGAGUAUAUCCGCUUAAAGGCGGGCUGGUGGGAGCGCAUGGUGGACGGCACUUCGACGUCCGAAGAAUGUGAGAACUGGAAAGAACAACGCAACCGAAUAGAGAAGGAUGUUCAUCGCACCGAUCGUACUAUCCCUCUAUUCGCUGGGGAGGAUAUCCCUCACCCUGACCCCGACUCUCCAUUCGCUGAUACAGGAACCAAUGUGCACCUUGAACAGAUGAAGGAUAUGCUGUUGACAUACAACGAAUAUAACCCGGAUCUGGGAUAUGUGCAAGGCAUGAGUGACCUCCUGGCUCCUCUCUACGCAGUUAUGCAGGACGAUGCCGUGGCUUUCUGGGCUUUUGUUGGCUUCAUGGAUCGAAUGGAGCGCAAUUUCCUCAGAGACCAGUCUGGCAUGCGAUCCCAGCUCCUUGCUUUAGAUCAUCUCGUCCAACUCAUGGACCCUCAGCUAUACCUUCAUCUACAGUCCGCGGACAGUACAAACUUUUUCUUCUUUUUCCGCAUGUUGCUGGUUUGGUACAAGCGUGAAUUCGAAUGGGCAGAUGUCCUGCGUCUCUGGGAGGCACUGUGGACCGAUUACUUCUCCAGCAGCUUCCAUCUUUUCAUUGCACUAGCAAUUCUAGAGAAGCAUCGCGAUGUUAUCAUGGAUCAUUUGAAGCACUUUGAUGAAGUGCUAAAGUACAUCAACGAGCUUUCCAAUACAAUGGACCUCGUCCCCAUUCUUACUCGUGCUGAAUCGCUCUUCCACCGUUUCGAGCGGUCCGUGCAAGCCAUUGACAAGAAAGACAACUUCCCGGUCCCUUCUGCUCACCUGCGCCGACCAGCCAGUAGCAGUCCAGACUCAACUGGCAAAGGCAAAUCGCCUCAACGCCCAACCGUGGCAUCCAGCAGCGGCGUUCGUCCUCCUUCAGCGCUUCAACAGGCAAUCGAUAAGGACAAACCAAAGGUCAUCUCUCCCGAGUUGCGUGAACUUCUAAGGAAAGAUGUUCCCUGGAGACGACAGCAGACAUCAUAG